AUAAAAGCCGGUUUGGAGGCAGCGCUCUGCUGCUCCCAACUGCACCCGGCUGACAUCAGGGCACCAACAUGCACUUUCAGAGCUCCUCUCCCAUCGUCCUGCUACAGCUGACUCUGCUGGGCGUCCUGCAUGCUGCCAAAUGGACAUACAGUGGGCCAGAAGGAGAGCACCACUGGCCCAAGCAUUAUCCAUACUGUGGUGGUGCUUUCCAGUCUCCAAUAGACAUCAGAUCUGAGCUGCUCAGGUUUGAUCCAACUUUACGUCCAAUUGAGGUUCAAAACUACAACCUGUCACCAAAUGAGCAACUCACUCUUGGGAACAAUGGACACUCUGUGCAAAUAUCGUUGCCCUCCAAGAUGCACAUCUCCAGCCUGCCUCACCGUUACACUGCAGCUCAACUCCAUUUCCACUGGGGCUCCUCCAAUCAGCCCACAGGCUCUGAACACACGGUGAACAGUAAGCAGUAUGCAGCAGAGAUGCAUGUAGUGCAUUACAAUUCCGACAAGUACCCCAAUAUGUCCAUGGCUGUAGACAAAUCUGAUGGUUUAGCUGUACUGGGUGUCCUUAUAGAGGUUGGGGAGUUCAAUCCAGCCUUUGAGCAGUUUCUACGGUUCGUCAAUGGUAUCAAGUACAGAGAUCAAAGAGUGCAGAUAUCCGGGUUCAACAUCAGAGCGCUGCUGCCUGCACGUCUGGAUGAGUAUUACCGCUACGACGGCUCACUGACGACUCCUCCGUGCUAUCCGAGUGUGCUGUGGACAGUGUUCAGGAAUCACGUGACAAUUUCUCGCAAGCAGUUUCUGUCCCUAGCAACAGCCCUCUACUCCUCCCAUGCCCAGGACUCUUCCCCUGUGCCACUGAAUGGCAACUACAGGAAACUGCAGCUUGCCGACAGUCGAGUUGUCUUGGUAUCUUUCAAGGAAGAUGACCAGUCUUGGAUAAACACUGGUUUACUGGUUCCCAUAUUGGUGAGCUCUGCACUGGGAUUUGUUCUCCUUGUCUCUUUAUUGUGCUGUCUAUUAAGGCAGAAAAGAUCUGCCGCCGAACAGGACAAAAGCAAACGAGCUGCGUACAACAUUGGAGACAGAGACGAGUGCGGCUCAAGAGUGUAGCUCUUUGUUGUGGGCCUCGGUUCAAAAGAAACGUCAGCAAGUCCACGAGACCAUUGUCCCUUUGUAUCACUCCAUGUGUUUUUGUGAAAUUGUCCCAUGGGUCAGUUUGGACAUUUAUGGAAGCAUACAGGGUUUAAGUCCAUCACAUGAUUAUGUUUGCAUGCAGCUCUGGGGUUUUGGGAACCACUUUUUUUUUUUCUUCUCAAGCCACAGUCUGGAUGGUUUUUGCUGUGUUGUGGCAGGCAGAACAUAGCUGGCCUCCACGCUGGAUGUUUUGUACUGUGGGACUACUUCCUAAGAGCAAGAGGAGCAGCUGUCCCCUCCGGUCCUCCAUUGUUUAUCUGACGCGAUGUGCUGAGUUUCUGAAGGAGAGCUCCACACAGAAGCUCCCAGGCAUGUGCAGUAGAGCUGAUCUGGUAAGAAUCUCAGGUCAAGUCAGAUCAUGGCACCCUUCCCCUCGGCUGUCCUGGCAUGGUAGAAAGCCCAACCACAGUCCAAACAAUAGGGGAAUAGGAGUCGACAGACAUCCCUGAUGGUAGCAUGGCCUGAGAGGGAUGGGCGACACCACAUAUGCACCAACCCUGUACUUAGAGUUGCUCUAUGGAUUUUAUAAUAAAAGGGUGCUUAGCUUCAUACAAACACUGCUCCUUUCCUGUGAAUAAUGUUGAGAAAGAAAGGCUUUUGUGUUGUCAGGCUGCACGUGGGCUGACCCCUCACCCCGGUCCGCUACUCAGAUCACAAGAUGAACUCCCCAGCACUUCUGAGAGCCUCUCAGUUUGGCUGCAUAGUUAGCCACAGUGCUGGAGCGUUAUUACGUCAUCAUGCGAUUCUCACAAGCUUUACCUUAGCCAUUUUAUCAUGUCCUGUCUUCGCUAUAUCCAUGCAUUUGUCAUCAUAGAGAAUAGAGUAUAGAAGGUGACACCCUCUACUGUGAGCCUACAUUUUAGAUAGUUUAGACCGAUUAAACAGGUUGUCUGGUAAAAUGAGUUCAAUAAGCAUUAGGUGACCAUUUCAACAGAAUAAACUCAUUUCACCAACACAAUUUUUAAAAAAUUUUUACCUGUUUAUUGCUGCUUGUGGUUAUAUUUCAUGGUUGGUGUCCUUUUGCCAUAUUUUUGAUAAAUGUAUCACUUCAUGUGUCAAGAUGUUUGAUUUGUAAAUAGUGUUAUUUGUGUGGUCUGAAGUUUCAUUGUGUACAGUGCGUGUAAAUAUCUAUCGUCAAGCAGAAUUGAAAAUAAAUAUGUUUCAAAUACA